AUGCGCAAAGAAAAAUCUAAAGUCGAUCCACCAUUAAUUCUGCCUUUUGCUCCUAUCGAAGACGAGCCAAUGUCGUCUUUGAAAGUUGGAAAGGCUAAAAUUACUUCAACUGAUACUUCACCUCCAAUACCGUCACUUGUCAGUGAGGAGAAACCCAAAGAAAUAGUUUUACAACCUACUGGAGAUACCGGGAGUGCUGAAGAAAGAAACUUGACACGACAUCACCCCGGUCACUUUCGUGAUGAUCCGGUAGCUUUUAUGAUACAAAUGGGUGCCUUCUAUCAAGGAACGGGUUGGAGAAGUUACAAAAAUUAUAUAGGAACAAGGAUAUUAUACGAGGGAUAUACAGAAGAAGUGAAGGAACGGGUUCUUAAUAGUGAACGCGUUCUUUACAUGAUUGCAUAUUUGGCCGAAAAGCAGGCCAACCAACUUGCACAAUCAAUACCAAAUGCUACAUCAAAGGUGAUUGCAAAAAGGAAAAAAUUACUAGAAAAGGAAUUACAAACUGUUGCAAAUGGGAUGAUUCGUCGAAUAGCUAUUAUUGCUGCUCAAAAUUCACAAUCUCUUAUUAUCCUUCCAUGUCACAAAUCUCAUAUUGAUUAUCUUGUCAUAUCAUAUAUAUUUUUCCGAUUGGGACUUGCUCUUCCACAUAUUGCCGCAGGUGAUAAUCUUGAUCUACCAAUUGUUGGUAGAAUACUUAAGCAAGGUGGUGCAUUUUAUAUCCGGCGUUCUUGGGGAGAAGAUCAACUAUACGGUAGUGUGGUAAAAGAAUAUGUUGAGGGCUUAUUGGAACGUGGCCAUAAUGUUGAAUGUUUCAUAGAAGGCACAAGAAGUAGAACUGGAAAAUUGCUACCACCGAAGUUAGGUGUUCUAAAAAUAGUAUUAGAAUGCAUAUUAACGGAAAGGGCAAAAGAUUGUUGGAUUGUUCCUAUGUCCAUUCAAUAUGAUAAAGUGAUCGAGACAGAAACCUAUGUUAAUGAAUUGUUAGGAAAUCCCAAAGAAAGAGAAAGUUUAUGGGGUAUAGUCACCAAUACGAGAUUAUUACAGCUUAAAUGGGGUCGAAUUGAUGUACGAUUUGCCAAACCAUAUUCGCUCAAAGGAUUUAUUGAAGAUCAAAUUGAGAGGAGAAAGUCUUUUGAUCUAAACAAUGAUCAGCAAAAAAUUACAUUGUUGAGAGCUCUUGCCUAUCAGGUUAUGUCAGACAUUAAUUCCGUUUCGGUAGUAAUGCCGACUGCUCUUGUUGGUACCGUAAUAUUAACGUUACGUGGUCGAGGAGUUGGUAGAAAGGAGUUAAUUAGACGUGUAGAAUGGUUAAGAGCCGCGAUUACAGCUAAGGGAGGACGUGUAGCAGAUUUUAGUGGUAUGAGCAUUGGAGAUAUCGUUGAUAGGGCUAUCAAUGUAUUAAAGGAUUUGAUUAAAGAACGAAAAGAAUUGCUGGAGCCAGUUUUUUAUGCAGAAAAAAGAUUUGAAUUAAGUUUUUAUCGCAAUCAGGUGAUGCAUCUAUUUGUAUCAGAAGCUAUUAUAUCUGCGGCAAUGUAUACAAAAAUAAAACAGGGAGGAGCUAAAUCAACGCAACGACUUCAUAUGUCUACACUUUUGGAUGAAGUAACAUUUUUAUCUCAGUUGUUAAAGGUUGAAUUUGUAUAUCAACCUGUAAACCUGCAGGAUGAUCAAGUCAUGGAAUUAGUAGACAGUUAUGUUUUAUUAUCUGAUAAGGAAAGAGCAAUUGGACGAGAGAAUUAUGACUUUUACUGCUUCCUAAUAUGGCCUUUUAUUGAAACAUAUUGGUUAGCUGCUAUUAGUUUAUUCUCGAUGACGCCAACCAUUUCUCUCACAACUACUAAUACUGCAACAAAAGACCCUGUUCCUAUAACAUGGUUCAAUGAACGAGAUUUUCAUAAUAAAUGUCAACUAUUUGGUAAAACGUUAUAUUAUCAAGGAGAUUUAUCAUAUUUUGAAGCUAUAAAUAAGGAAACUUUAAAAAAUGCAUUUAUUAGGUUGGAAGAAGUAGGGCUUAUAAUGGUAAAACGUAGUCGAAACACAAAAGUAAUGCCAACAAUUGCGUUACAUUCUGAUUAUGUACCAACUAGAAAUUCAGAAGGAGCAAUAGAAACAAAGGGUAAAUUAUGGGAUCUAGUUGAAAGGAUUGGUAAAUUUCGUAGAGAAGGGAAAAAUCGUAGAGAUAAUGCUACAGUAAGUUCGCGUGUAUUAAGAUUAGCUGAAAUGGUGGGUACACCUACUACAGCUGACGUCGUCGUGAUGACUAAUUUAAUGAGUAGACCAGUUAAAGCUGGUAAACUGGAAGCAAAACUUUAA